AUGCCGAGCGGCAGCUCCGCGGCCCUGGCCCUGGCGGCGGCCCCGGCGCCCCUGCCGCCGCCGCCCCCGCCGCCGCCGCUGCCGCCGCCCGCUAGCGGCCCGGACCUGGAGGGGGACGGGCUCCUGCUGCGGGAGCACCUGGCCGCGCUAGGCCUCGACGACCCCGGCCCCGCGGAGCCCGGCCCGGCGCGGAGGGCCGCGGCGGCGGCGCAGGGCCCGGGCCGGCGGGCGGCGGGGCCGUCUCGGGAGGAGCGGACUCCGCCCGGCCGGCCCGGGGCCCCUGAGACGGCCGAGCUGCAGCUGGAGGAGGACGAGGAGGGGGAGGACGCGGAGCUGGACGGAGACCUGCUGGAGGAGGAGGAGGAGGAGGAGCUGGAGGAGGCGGAGGAGGAGGACCGGCCGUCUCAGCUGCUGCUGCUGUCGCCGCCCGCGGCCGCCGCCGCCUCCCAGACCCCGCCGAUCCCGGGCGGGUCCCUGGGGUCGGUGCUGCUGCCCGCCGCCGGCUUCGAUGCCCGGGAGGCGGCGGCGGCGGCGGCGGCGGGGGUGCUGUACGGAGGGGACGAUGCCCAGGGCAUGAUGGCGGCGAUGCUGUCCCACGCCUACGGCCCCGGCGGCGGCUGCGGGGCGGCGGCGGCGGCGGCGGCCGGCCUGAACGGGGAGCAGGCGGCCCUGCUGCGGAGGAAGAGCGUCAACACCACCGAGUGCGUCCCGGUGCCCAGCUCCGAGCACGUCGCCGAGAUCGUCGGCCGCCAGGGUUGUAAAAUUAAAGCACUGAGAGCCAAGACAAAUACAUACAUCAAGACACCCGUUCGCGGUGAAGAGCCCAUUUUUGUUGUCACCGGGCGGAAAGAAGAUGUCGCUAUGGCCAAAAGAGAGAUCCUCUCCGCUGCAGAGCACUUCUCCAUGAUCCGUGCUUCUCGAAACAAGAACGGCCCUGCCCUGGGAGGGUUGUCAAGCCCUAAUCUGCCCGGCCAAACCACCGUUCAAGUGAGGGUCCCAUAUCGAGUGGUAGGAUUAGUAGUUGGACCCAAAGGAGCAACUAUUAAGAGAAUUCAGCAGCAGACGCACACAUACAUAGUAACUCCGAGCAGAGAUAAGGAGCCUGUCUUUGAAGUGACGGGGAUGCCUGAAAACGUUGACCGAGCCCGAGAAGAAAUAGAAAUGCAUAUUGCCAUGCGCACAGGAAACUACAUUGAGCUCAAUGAAGAGAACGAUUUCCAUUACAACGGUACCGACGUGAGCUUCGAGAGCGGCACGCUGAGCUCCGCGUGGCUCUCCUCCAAUCCAGUCCCUCCCAGCCGUGCAAGAAUGAUAUCCAACUACCGCAACGAUAGUUCCAGUUCUCUGGGAAGUGGUUCCACAGAUUCCUACUUUGGAAGCAAUAGGCUGGCUGACUUUAGUCCAACAAGCCCGUUCAGCACAGGGAACUUUUGGUUUGGAGACGCGCUGCCGUCUGUAGGCUCAGAAGAUCUCGCAGUUGACUCUCCUGCCUUUGACUCUUUACCAACAUCUGCGCAAACUAUCUGGACUCCGUUUGAACCAGUGAACCCACUCUCUGGCUUUGGGAGUGAUCCUUCUGGUAACAUGAAGACUCAGCGUAGAGGAAGUCAGCCAUCUACUCCUCGUCUGUCUCCUACCUUCCCGGAGAGCAUCGAGCACCCACUUGCUCGGAGGGUUAGGAGCGACCCACCUAGCACAGGCAACCAUGUUGGCCUUCCAAUAUACAUCCCUGCUUUUUCUAAUGGUACCAAUAGUUACUCCUCUUCCAACGGUGGUUCCACCUCUAGCUCACCUCCAGAAUCAAGACGAAAGCACGACUGUGUGAUUUGCUUUGAGAAUGAAGUUAUCGCUGCCCUAGUUCCAUGUGGCCACAACCUCUUCUGCAUGGAAUGUGCCAACAAGAUCUGUGAAAAGAGAACGCCAUCAUGUCCAGUUUGCCAGACAGCUGUUACUCAGGCAAUCCAAAUUCACUCUUAA